UUAACAAUUCGUCGCGCUACUUUGCCAUAGGUACGUAAGUUCGUGUUUACGCUCAGACGCCGUCAUGCGGUUGUUCGGAUUAGUCAUUCGGCGACGGGAAUAGUUCAAACCGCGAGAUGGAGAAAUUUAAAAGCUUUUAAUUUAUUUUAUUUUAUAUUAUUUAUUUAUUUAUUUUUUUUUAUCGCAGUAUACAUUCCAGUGUUUUGUUUUUUGCUAUUAUUAUUUAGUUUUUUUUGUCGUAUAAAUAUCUUGUGUCUCGAUACUCGCAUCGUUCUGCAAAUAUAUGGGAAAAUAUAUAGUUAAUUGGGAAGAAUUUUACUUAGUAAAUUGGAAAAUUGGUGAGAAACUAUAAGUUGAGAAUAUGCCUCUGCACCACUAGAAAUUGGAUCUAAUUUACGCCACUGGACUCCGGCCUUUUAGGGUGCAAUAAAUAUUUCUGGCUCAGAGUCAACAAUGAGUAUUAUUGUAUAUUGAUUCAGUAUGCUGGACGUGGAAGAAAAAUGUAUCAAAUUAAACAUAACAUACGAACAGCCAAGAUCACAGACACCCCAGAGAGAACAGAGAGAAGAAUGGGGCAACAAACUAGAUUUUUUAUUUUCGUGCAUAAGCGUAUCUGUUGGUUUAGGGAAUGUUUGGAGAUUUCCAUACUUAUGCUACAAACACGGAGGAGGGGCAUUUUUAGUAACUUACUUUAUAGCCAUGGUAUUUUGUGGAAUACCAAUAUUUUUUCAAGAAGUUGCAAUCGGACAGUAUUUGGGUUCUGGAGGAAUGACGUUAGUCGGAAAACUGUGUCCAAUACUUUCCGGUACAGGAUAUGCAACGAUGACCAUAGUUUUUUUGUUGGACGUAUAUUAUUGUGUAAUUGUGGCUUGGACAUUUUUCUACUUGGCAAGUUGUUUUCUAUCGUUUCCCGACUUACCAUGGGAAAGCUGUAAUAACUGGUGGAACACGGAAAAUUGUCUUAUGCCAACAAGUUUUAAUAAGACUCGCGAGUAUUUUAGUUCGGAUACAAUAAUACGAAUGUUUAAUACCAUGCCAUCAAUACUCAAUAAUAAUUUAGAACCGUGGAACAAAGUAAUUUUUAAUAGAUCGUAUGCACCGAAGGAAGAGUUUUUUAAAAACAAUAGUCAGUUCACGGAUUUUUGCCACACUAUUAAAUUGUUGCCUAUCGAUGAUUUGGAAAACUUCACUGGCAUAGGAGAUAACAAUUCUUCUACCUCUAUCUCGCAGGAAAAUGGUAAAUUAUUUAAUCAACUGCGCCAACACUGUAUUAAUGUUACAACAAAGACACCAGCUGAAGAAUACUGGGAGAGAAGAGUACUUAUGCUGUCCAGUGGUAUUGAAGAUAUCGGAGGUAUGCAAUGGGAACUCUUAUUCCUAUUAGGAUUAUCGUGGAUAUUGAUCUACGUGAUUUUGGGUAAAGGUCUCAGUCAAAGUGGAAAGAUAGUGUGGUUCAUAGCAAUGUUUCCAUAUUUAAUAAUGGGAUCAUUGUUGAUCAGAGCAGUGACAUUGGAAGGUGCUGGCGAAGGUAUCAGAUAUCUGAUCACUCCACGAUGGGAAAGUCUAAUGAAUUCAGAUACUUGGAUAGAAGGAACCACACAAAUUUUCUUCGGCUACAGUGUAGGUGUAGGCACUUUACCGGCUCUUGGGUCAUUCAAUCAGUUUCAUCACAAUUGCUACAGGGAUGCAGUUUUAACCUGUGUCAUCAACACGCUCACGUCUAUCAUACCCAGUUUGAUAACGUUUAGUAUAUUAGGUUUCAUCGCUACUUUCCAGGGAUCUACGGUCAAUGAUGUAGUGGAAAGUGGGCCGGGAUUAGUAUUUAUAACUUAUCCUCAAGUGGUGCUUCAAUUGCCGGGAGCGAGGAUAUGGGCGAUCAUAUUUUUCGUCAUGCUCGCUAUGAUUGGCAUUGAUAGUGAAUUUUGUAACGUCGAGUCGUUCAUAACAGGACUGACUGAUAAGUGGUCUAAAUACUUGCAUGCCAAACGAAAAACAUUUACAAUGUCGGUGUGCAUGGGUAUGUUUGUGUUGAGUUCGUCGAUGGUGACCAAUGGUGGAAUGUAUAUUUUUCAACUUAUGGAUAUGUAUUCGGCUUCUGGAAUAUCGUUGCUUUGGGUAUGCUUUUUUCAGACAGUAGCGAUAUCGUGGUUUUUCGGAGCCGACCGAUUUCGCGAAUGUAUCAACCAGAUGCUUGGUUUCCGACCAAAUUUAUUCUGGUAUAUAUGUUGGGUAUAUCUCGCACCUUUUGUGAUGAUUACGGUAUUUAUAUUUUACGUUAUUAAAUAUGAGCCGGUGAUGUAUGGAACCCACUAUAGAUAUCCGUGGUGGGGCGAAGGAUUAGGAAUCACGAUAUCUUUGAUGUCCAUGAUCUGGAUACCGUUGUAUGCUGUAUAUUACUUAAUGUCAGAACCGGGAACUUUAAAACAAAAGCUUCAAAGAGGCUUAACACCCAUUCCAGAAGUUCAUUGCAGAAUCAAGAUAAAAAAAGAAUCCAAGAACAUAGUUGAUAAAGGACUGCAACUAAUGGAAUGUAGCACUUUGGUUUACUGUGACAAUAAUGCUAGUAAAAAUAUAUGAAACCAAUUAGUAUUAUAGUUAACUAUGUAUAUGAUGUUAAAUGUUCCAUUAUUAUUACUCCAGAGGUAUUAUUUUUAUUUAUAAGUUUAAAAUAGGUUAUAGUAAAAAUAUUAAGACAAUGAUAUAAAAUUCUAUUUUAUUGCC